AUGAUCAAGGCCCAGCUCCUCGAGCAAGUUCAGCUGCUUCAGCAGCAGCUGUCGCAUCAACCGCCGCAGUUGUCGCAUCAACCGCCGCAGUUGCAGGGAGACAACGACGUCGCACCUACGACAACGCCCAAGAAACGUAUCUCAACCAAACCUUCCACGCCUAGCAUUGCAUCGUCGAUGGCGACAAGCCUUGUUGACACGGCAAGUGAGGCCCCGGUUGUGUACACACACACCAUGGUACCAUGCAAGCAACUGCAUGUACUCUGGGAAAAACUUGCCUUACGGUUUAACAUUUUGACUGAACAGCCAGUCGAUUCACUCAAGAACAAGUUGCGAAAGUUGCGGUCGGAGUUCGUUGCGAUCCAGCAUAGCUUGACAGCCACUGGCAACGACGAGCUGUCGACCCCCCCUAAGCCGAGCUACUACUCGGAGAUGUUGUUUGGCAUGGAGCGUGCCCCCAGUGCUAGCCCAGGCGCCGAAGACGACGUCGAAGUGCUAGAGGACUUGCAUGCCCCUGGCUCCAAGCAACAAAACAAGCGGAAGGUUGAAAUCGACUUGGAGAUGCAGCGCCAGCGCCAAAUGCGCAAGAAGCAGAAUCCAGACCUUGCGGCGGGGCUCAAUAACCUCGGAGAAGCACUGGCGAGUGGACUCAUUGAGGCAGCCAAGGUGAAGAACUCCCGCAGCUCUGGCGUGGAUAUGUCAGAACAAAUGACAAAGCUAUUGGAUCUUAUGGAGGAAACAAAAUCCAGCAUCGAUAAAACCAAUGACGUCAACGACAAAAUGCUCGAGUUUCUCCAGGGUAAAUUCUAA